CUGAAUUAGACAUCAAUCCUUCGGUCGAAGACUCGGCUUUCCCAGAAAAGUAUUUUCUAGCAGAGAAGGCAGCUAGAGACGCAGGAAUCGUGUUGGAGAAGAAAGUCUUAUCAGGAUCGAACGUGAUGGACAUA